AAAACAAACGAACAACAACCCCACCCCCCCACCCAAACCUAAAAAAUAAACUAACAAGUCCUUUUUUCCCUCCUACUGUGGUGGUCAUAUGCAUAACAAAACUCAAGGGGGACUUGGUGAAGGUCAUGUCUUUCAAAGAACACCCAGGCUGUCAAGGACACCCAGGCUGACACCAACAAAAAGUCAUCAAAACAAUGUGAAACUUUACUCUGUCCUUGAAGGAAACAUAGGAGUCAACAUUUAUCUUGCUGUCAAUAGCGGGCAUCUACCAUCUUACUCACCCCUUCCCUCACCCCAGGGAGUCUCUCCUUGACCCAAUUCUUCCCGGGUCUCUCUGUUUGCCCACCCACUGGCAGUCAUUAAUGUCUUCACCGAAGGAGUCAUGUUUCCUCAUCCAAACACACUCAGAAGUAAAAAAGCUGGGUCUGAGCUGGGGAGAAGUAUGGCUACUCCAUAUCUCUCUGGGCCCUGCUAUUUUAGGUCUUAUCUUCUAGGCUGAGAUAUUUGAGUUUAUGGGGAUGGUUUGGUGAUGUGGGGUGGGAGGGUGAGUGACCUCAGGUUCUGCUAUGUGACUCCGAGUGCAGAAGAAGGGGAUUGCAAGCUGAAGGUAGUGAAGUAUCUGGAUUCGCUUCCCAGGGUUCCACAAACAUUAGUGUUUUAAGAGACAUUAGUGUCACGUGAAAAUAAUCCAUGCUAAUAAUGUAUUUUCUUCAAACAUUUUACAGUGAGGAAAAGUAAGUUAUGCUUAUCACAAGUUACAAGAAUUAACUCUUAGAAACUCUUUUAAUAUCCAAUUCAUACCAAGGAAUAUUAUGUAGAUACCUGUUGAAAUGGAAAGACAUUCUAGAUAUAUUAAAUGAAAAACACAAGCCAUGAAAUAAUAUGUCUAGCAUGAGCUCCUUUAUGUUUUUGUCUCUGUGUGUAGCCAUAGCAAAAAGGCUAGAUGGACAAACACCAAAAUAUCAAUAGUGAUGUUCUCUGGGGAAUGAGUUAGAGCAAUGGAGGAAAAAUCCAUUCAGUAAGAUUAGGAGGACCGGCUCUUGAGCCACAUUAUUUAGAUCUAAAUCUAACUUAUACCCUGGAACAAAAUUAUUGCCUACCUCACACAUAAUGACAAAACACAUGUAAGGAGUUUAGAAAAAUGCCUAGCACAUAGUAAGCACUCAGUAAACGUUCAUAUAUUUUGAGUUGUAGAACUGUGGAUAACUUUUACCUUUUAGAGUGCAUUUUUAUGUAUUUUUCACAUAAAAGUUAAUUGAAUAUAGUUUUUUGAAAGAUUUCUAAAAUGCUGAACACAUUUCAUAUAGUUAUUAUAAUAGGAAAAUCUCCCUUUGAAUCCCUGUGCUACGUAAGUGAAACAGGUGAUCCUGGGGAGAAAUUACCUAUGGCUUUGCAGGUGUGAUGCUUCAACUGCCUAAGAAGUAUUUAUCAAAUAACUGUUGACAUCAUUGGUGUAUGUCUUCUAAGUGUUAGUGUGUGUUACUAAGUGUUGUCUUAUCUUGCUGUCAUUUGGACACUGGGUCUUUAAAAAUAUCUGGUUUUUCUAUAUUGUGAUUAUAAAAAUUCUGCUUGGAGUGUUUUGGAAAACUGUUAAAUUUUGCAGCGACGAAUUUGUCUUUAGGACUGUUUUUGAUUUCUACUGUAACCCUGGCACAAAUGAUAACUCCAGAGCUCCUGCAGAUGUCUCAAAAUUUAGAGUACAUUUUUAAAGGGUUUCACGGUCAGAUAAUGUCAGGAAGGGCCCAUCUAGCUGCACGUUGGUCUCAGGGUUUAUUUCCUUGUUGAUCCCUGAUUGCCCAACAUACUCUGGGUGUAGAGGGACAGACUUGUGACCUGGCUCAGGCCAGAGCAUGACAGGGAGAUAGUGCCACCCUGUGGGGUCCACUCAGUGCUGGGUGUGGGAGUCAGCCCCUCCCUGGAGGAACUGUUUUCUUUCUUUGCAUUAGACUGUAAGUUUCGAAUAAUCCUCUUUUGUUUUUAGGGCAUUAUGCUUCUGGCCAUGGCAAGACCAAUCUUUAGUUGGCAGAUUUCUGUGGUUCAAGUCUGGGCCCCCAUUUCCACCCUGGUGGGCAUCCUGACUUCUCAACUCACACUCAGAACAGAAGCUCAAAUGUGCCUUUCAGGCUGAAAUGACCAGGAAUGCCCAAACUCUCUCUGAAGACUCAUUUGAGUCUCCCUUCACUCCCUGAACCCAGGGUAUUGGAUUAAAAUCCUGCGAGUACAAAUUUACAAUAUCAGCAUCACCUCCACAUCUAGGAACAGAGAAGUAGUGUUUCCUUUAUUUAUAGCACCUUCCUAGCACUUAUGUGGUGCCUGGCAUACAGUAGGAGCUUGGAAAAUAAGCGGGAUAAAUGAAUGUGCCCCUGUGAAGAGGGUUCCAGGCUCUCCCACUCCCUCUGUGAGAGUGAAAGAAAUGCCCAGCAGGUGGUAGAUAGUUCCCGCACAAGUUCCCUUCUGGGAACAGGUGGGCACACACACAAAGGUCCAAUUGCCAAUCGUUUUAACAGGGUUCCCACAGAGGAGUGGGCACGAAUGAGGUGACCAAGGGAUGGUGAUGCAUCCAAAGACAGGGUGCUGUGAACACCCCCACUUGGAAGGGCAAACGAGACGAUUAUGAUUACGUUACUGGAGCCAACAGAAAGCUGGAGCUGUGGAGGAGGGACCGCCCAUCAGAGGACAGCAGCCACUGCCUGAACCAUGGUAGAGGAGCUCAGUUCCUGUGGGCAGCACUUGACGUGCCUGAACCCUCUCUUUCUGCAAUUCAAGGGAAAGACGAGAUCUUGCACAAGGUACCCUGUGCCUGCCCUCUGUCAGAGAAGGCUGGCAUGGAGUCCCUCCCACUGCUUAUCCUGGUCGCCAUCACAGAGUUGUCUGGAGCCCACAACACGACAGUGUUCCAGGGUAUGGCAGGCCGGUCCCUGCAGGUCUCCUGCCCCUACAACUCCUUGAAGCAUUGGGGAAGACGCAAAGCCUGGUGCCGCCAGCUGGAGGCAGGGGGCCCGUGCCAGCGGGUUGUUAGCACCCACCGCUCAUGGCUGCUGUCCUUCAUAACGAGGAGGAAUGGGAGCACGGCCAUCGUGGACGACGCCCUGGGGGGCACACUCACCAUCACACUGCGGAAUCUUCAAGCUCACGAUGCUGGCCUCUACCAGUGCCAGAGUCUCUACGGUGAUGAGGCUGACACCCUCAGGAAGGUCCUGGUGGAGGUGCUGGUUGACCCCCUUGACCACCUGGACGCUGGAGAUCUCUGGAUUGAUGAUGAGUCCAAGAGCUUUGAGGAUAUCCACGUGGAGCCCAGCAUCUCCAGGAGUCUCUCUGAAGAGGAGAUCCCCUUCCCACCCACUUCCAUCCUUCUCCUCUUGGCCUGCAUCUUUCUCAGCAAGUUUCUAGCAGCAGGUGCCCUCUGGGCUGCAGCCUGGCGUGGGCAGAAACUGGCGACACGCCCGGCCAGUGAGCUGGACUGCGGCCACGACCCAAGUUACCAGCUCCAGACCCUAACAGAGCGGAGAGACACAUGAGAGAAGAGGGCCCCGCGUGGGACGAGUCCCAGGAGAGGCCUGCUGGAACCCUCCCAGCCUGCACACUGGCCCCUCGGCCGCCCAGACUCCUGGUUCUGCUUUGGCAGAAGGCCAGCCUACCCAUCCCCUGCUUCCCCUGGGCCUGGGAACAGAGGGGUGUGUUUGUGUGUGGGGGUGGCGGAAGAACAUUUGCCAACUUCUGGACACCGGACAUUAAAUCCUCUCACAAA